GUGUGCGUGUGUAUGUGUAAAUAUAUAUAAAUUUGUGUAAUACAAUUGCGAACAAAGGAUAGCGGCUAAGUUAAAAAGAAAACGCUGUGCAAGCUGAAACAAGCUCUACGAGUGCUGCAAAAUGACAAAACUGAAAAUAAUUUCAGGUUUUGAAAACAAUUUUGUUGAAGAUGCGUCGACAAUACGAGCUUGGGUACAAAAUUUUCGUACUAAACGGUCACAAAUGAAAAAAAAGCACCGAGGCGAUUUACGUGUAAAUGCAAUGUUAAAUACGGCACUGCUGACAGCCGAAGCUGACUUAUGUCGCAAGCAAAACGAAUGUUUUCGUACCCGACUGAUGUUUCAACAAAGAUCGGAGAAGGGUUAUGUGAUGGGACAUGUGUUGGGCGAGGAGAGAGCAAAGCAACGAGAAACGAUCAAUAAUAUAUGGAAAAGUGAGAUAAAUGACCUGGAUUCAUUUAUGCGUUCGCUAAACAGUAGUAAUAGAAGUUGCGGUGACAAAACAACUAGAAAUGAAAAUACUUAUAAUUUAAAAAGUGAUAACAGCAGUACUUUACAGUAUAGUAUUGCUGUAGUUAGUUGAUAAUGUUAAAUAUGUCUUUUCCUGAAAUAAUUUUCAUUGUAGAUGUGUAAAAUGUGUACCUCUAGAAUAGAUUUAUUAUGCAAGUUUUUCAUUUGCAGUCAUCGAAGCAUCUUCCGAAUACUUCGACAAUGUGAAAACUGAGAGUUGACACCAUAUUCUGGUUGAGAAUAGCCAGCGAGCCUGGACUGGGCAUGCCCGAGUUCUGGGAGCCUGGUAUGGGGUGAUGCGCACGCACAACUGAUGUGUGGAAAAUUAGCUCAGAUGUUGCUCAAUCGUUCGUUUUUUGGCGAUAAUGACGUAUGACGUGAAUACAGUCAGUAAAAGUGAGGUAUUCGAUACAACAACAGUGGGUGAGCUAAAACAAUGAAAUGAAAAAUUCUACACAAAUUGCUGUGGUUGGUGUUACUUCGGAUCUAUCCGGAAUGUGAAAGUGGCGGAAGCGACGGUAUGAGCUCAUUGAUGUGCUAUAGAUUUCGUUAGUCUGGUCUGUUGUAUAAAUAAUGCAAGCUACACUAAGCUGACGUCGUGGAAAAACUAGCAGCAAAGUAUUUGCAUCUGUGACAUCUGUAGUAAGCCAUACUCGUCUAUUAACCACGGCAGUCAAACAACGCAGAACACGAUGAUUAUCAAAAAAUAAAUCAUGUGGAAUUUUACGGGGAUUAUAAUAGCUAUCAACUGACGUGGUUGCGAAUGGUAUUUUCCAAAUAUUUUCGAAGAAAACAACCUUUAAUUUUUCAGCUAUACCAAACAGUUGAACGUGCCUGUUGGUAUUAAAAACAAAAACAAAAAGGGAGUGAUUUCAAAUGUGAUGAGGCAGACGAGCCAAAGAGAUUUUAGAGAGACUCUGGCCCGGAGGCUUUAAAAAAGAUUGUUUUCAGAAAUCGGGUCGUAUAUAUUGAGAAAGAUUGACGUAAGCCAAAUGGAUUUCCUUUUCCGAUAUUUACCGUUACAGAGUCAGCCGUAAUUUUUCCUUCUGUCCUUAAUUAUGAAGAUAAUACUCCUAGCGCUGGUUAAAGAGAUGUCUUGCGUGUCUAUCGUUUCGUUUCUUUUUUGUUUUUGUCGUUCUUGGUUUUUUUUUUCUCUUUACGAUUUUGUUACAGCGAUACGACGCAGUUGAUCAGUUCCUGUGUGUAUCGAUUGGCCAUUAAUUUCAUCAUACUAAUGUCUACAAACACCGAAAUUCCAAGAGUUUGGUAUCUGAAUAUUUCUGGCAAAUAGCAUUGGGACUGUUCGUUCAAGUCUGAUAGACGAUCGUUGUUGACCAUCUCUAAGCAGAGUAAAGUUAUAAAACUGCAAGAACAGAUGGGAUUGAGUAUUAAAUCAUAGAAAACAUAUAGUUGCUUCUCAUUUAGAGAAAAAUGAGCAAACUAGACACUCUCUUUCCGUUUUGCAGCGAUACAUUGCAGUUAAUACACCUGUGAUUAUCCUGACGGUAAAAAUUGCAGUGACGUGGACAGUUAGAACCGCUACAAACGUUAAAGGCGACGAAGUGGUGAGGUUAGGUCCAACCUAUCUUAAACUAAUUUAUACCAUUACAGCAUCAAGAAAGGGAAUCCAAUACAUAAUCAGCCACAAAUUAUAGAUCUGCAAAGAAAACGCAUCGAAGUAGUAUCAACGGGUACUUUUGCUUAGACUUUUUUUUUUUUAGCGAUGCGACACAGUUGAACGUUCCUGUGCGUAUCUAAAUGCAUCUGUUAACAACGUGAAGUUUUACUAAAUUGCGCAGCAACUACCAGCGGAAUAUUAGAAAAUAUUGAGAGCAACACUGUUUCGAUCUUAUUCGAUUGUAAGGCCAAUUGAUAUUUUCUCUUAACUAAUGCCUAAUUUAUAGGAAGCCAUGUCACAAUUGAUCGUGCCUGAGUAAACAUAAAAAUUACCGGAAAGACGCAAUAAGUUCAGGAAGUUAUGGCGUAUUUACCAUCGACACCUUUUAACACAUUGGGAGCAACCAACUUUGUUUCUACCCUUUACGAUUGUAAGGCGAUAUGAAAUUUUCCUUUCACUAAUUGGUAAUUUAUAGGAAACGAUGCGGCAGAGUUGAGCAUUGCCCGUAUUUAAAUUCAUCUUAAAAAUGGCGAGGUUUAGAAAGUGUCCCAUACUUUCCAUCAACACCAUAAGCACAAUGAGAGCAUCUCUAAAUUUUUUUUCGAUAACAUACCAUUGUAAGGCCAAAUACAAUUUUCUUUUGACUAACGCAUAAUUUGUAGAUGUAAAUAUCGUCGACCUUGAGCACAAAUCUAGCCGCAAGGGCCUAACUUAAAGUACACCAUUGGGAUACCUGACUAUCUAUGGAUAAGCUUGCAAAAACAACAAAGAAUGCAACAAAAUGUAUAAAAAUGGCAAAAGGGAAUCGUGCCAAAAUAAUACCAGAUGAGCAGUGUUUAUCGGAGGUUAGGUAGAUUCUAAUACCUACGGUCACAAUAUUUUUCAGUUAUUUCAACGAAAAAUUGAAGAAAAGACCAGAAAUUGUAGCCCCUACUACCUAAGCGAUUUCGGUUCGAAUGGAAAAGUGAUGCAGUGUGCUUUUUUUAAAUCUCAAGUACCAUCUGUUAAAUAUAUAUUUCUAUCGUUUAUAUCUUGAAUUGUAUUGUGAACAAUCCAAAAGAGAAGCAGUUUUCCAUAUUUUGCAGCGGUACGACGUAGUUGAUCGGUGCCUACGUGUACCUAAAUGUUAGCAGCUUUAAGGUCCUUAAAUUCUCGAUUGGUAUUUGUGCUCCAAAGAAGCCUUGUAUUUUAAACGCCACGUAAAAAAGAUAUGCCAACAAAGAGUAAGGUAUCAUUCCUUAUGUGAAAUUAAUCAAUUUCUUGUAGAAUUCAAAGUUCAUCCACAAGUGCUUUAUGUGUGACGGAUCACUAAGCAAUUAUUGUGCGCAACAGUACAUCAGAUAAAAGAUAUAAUUUUUUCCCAACUUGGAAUGUAAAAUUGCAAAAACCAAUUCUGAAAUUUGAGAUUUCAAAGACACAGUUAUAUUUCCGAACUUUUUUCCAGAAAUUUUACCGAGCUGCAACUCGGCAUUUAAACGGUUUUACUUUUUUGGCAAUAAGGGAAUCAUGCCAACAACAGGUGCGAGCAGCAAAAUACUUAAUCUAUGCGGCGGCGGCCAUACUUCUAUUAAGAGAAGAGGUUAGGAAUACAUCUUUGUGCAACGAAAGCAAGCGGUAUUCAUAAUUUUACCAUUUUAAAUACGAAUUGACCAUCGAGUUUGGAGAAUCUGCAUUUUUGAAAAUUUGUCUUGAUAAUUUUUUUUUUCUCGAAAACGUACGAUUUUUUCAUUAUAAUUUAUAGCGAUAUAUCGCAGUUGAUCGGUGCCUGCGAAUAUCACAUCUGUGAACUGGCUAUAGGGAAUCAAGCCAUACGACACUCGGUUACAACGCACCCUUCGCGAACUCGCAUCGACGAAUAAAUUUAUUAUGAGUAACGGAAGAUGACCAAAGUGAGAAUCCAACUAUGACCUGAGUUCAAGCAGUUGUUAUUUAUUCUACUUUGCCUGGUAAAAUGUAAACCCCUCAAAUGAGAAAAAAUAUCCACAUAACUUUACAAUUUUACUUUCCUCGAGCAAAAAAGCGCACAAAACCAUCGAAAAAAUAGUUUAUUUAUUACAGCGAUAUGAUGCAGUUGAACUGUGCCUGUACAUAUCUUUUAUGUGAAGUCUCAAAUUGGUCGAGUCACAACAAACCUGACGUGAUCUAAAACCAUCAAAGAGCACACUGAGCAACUAACUACUUUAUUUGAGUGUUGACUCAAUGGAAAUUUGGGAAACUGAAGGUGCUUUGUAUAUGAAGCUUUCCACUUAAAAUUUUAUUUACAGUUUCACGAUAUUUGCCCAUUUUAUUGAAAUCUGCAAGGGAAUUUAUCAUUAGCGGCGCAGAUAUCUGCAUCAUAAGUAUGGAGCGUAGCAACACCCCACACUUAGCAAUAGAUUUAACGAACUUGCCGAAAGCUCUCACUCGGCUAUAACCCAAUUAAGGAACCUGGUCGCAGUCUCGUGUCUGUCUCUUCAAAUAUGAGGUCAUUACAUGAAAUAUGCCAAUACAUUUAAAUAGUCUAUUUGCAGUAUAAAUAUUGUGAUGCGGUUGAAUGUAAUUGUAUGGGAUUGCAUCUUUGCCACGAAGAUCAAGCGAAAGAUAUUUCUGGCGGCAUUGCACGCAUCCAGAUGAUCGUUAAAGGGAAUCGAACGAUACAACUAGAAGUGGCCGUCCAUAUAAAUAUCUCGUUAACUCCAAUAACGCCUGCAUCAGUUUUGUUUUAAUUGUGCCUUUUUCAUCUAGUAACUUGCGUUUGUGCGGUUAGUCACAUUUCACUGCAUCGUUGGUUCUCUACUUUGUUCGUUUAUGUGCGAAUCCGUACGAGUCGCCGCUCUGCCUGCCCCCUGGUAUUGAGCAAUGGCACGGAGAGCUCUGAAGAAUCUGGCCCUGAGUUGGGCGAAGAAAUGUUUCGAAAGGGAAUCAAAGAAACACGCGUAAGACUUGUUACGGUUCGUUCUAUUAGCAUAAACUUGUAUAUUUACAGGUCAUCUGUGACUAACAAGUCAUAAAAUUGACUUCACUGCAUGUAAUUCCAUCUAACGGUGUUCGAGAUGUCUUAAUGAGCAGGUUAAAUAGGCGAACAAUGGCCACAGCUUAUCUUGUUAACAUAUUAAAUAUGUGCUACUACCUAUUCUUGCAUAUUAGUGUACUAUAUGUUGAAAAUUUUAAUAGCCAAAUUUUUGAAAUCGUUAUAAAAACGAAUAGUCUUGUUAAAAUAACUUCUGUCAAUACACCGUAAAGAGAAUUGUUGCCAAAGUCAAUCAAGUUAAAAAUUUUAGUUAAAAUAGAUAAAUAUAACCGAAUAAAUUAUAUUCCGAAGAGGAAAAGAAAUUAUAUGAAGAACAAUUGUAAGAUGUAGUAGAAAAAUCAGUACCUAUGCCUAGUGCAUAAACUACUAAAUGGAAAAAAUGUAAAUGCUAAUCAAUUUAAAAAGAUGAUUGAAGUUCCAUCCUCUGUUGGCAAAAAAUGCUCACAUAUUGCGACAAUUCGUAUUAUUGAUGUGAAAUAUCGCAAUUCCUUUGCAUUGUAAUAUUAAAAUAUUUAAUUUGAAUUGUAAAUUCAUUCCAUAUGCAAUUUUCAAUGUUCUUACCUUGUAAUUUGACAUGUAAAAUUCCCAAGAAAAUGUAAUUUGUUAGAUGGUUUAACUGAUUUGCGUAGCACACGACACAAACCAGUAAGAACUUAUUCCAUGUAAAAUUUAACAUCAUGUUAUUUGAUAUGUAAUGAUACUUUAGAACAUAUAAUCCUUUGAUAUAUUAACUGAAUUGGCAUAAGGCACAUGCUGUUACAAAAUCAAGCGUUUGUUGGUGACCAGUGAGUGAAAGAUGGCAUUUAGUCUUACAAUCAGUCUUGCCGUGUGAUGCAGCGCAGUAUCAUUUUGGGAGCAGAGGGAUUUGCGUCUGAUCAAAUUGGGUGAUUCUAACUACACAACUUACAUUCAGAGCAAGAGCGAAAAAACAGGAGAGAGGGAGAUCAAGAUAAGCAUAGUUUCAUAUAGGGAAAACAUCAAAAUCGACUGUUCGAUUCCGGAUAUUGACUUAAUUUUAAAGAUACUACGCGAAAGAUCCUAUUCUUUAAAAUCAUUUGGCCGUACCGACUAUGACGCAUGGCAUGUGCUCUAAGUGCUUUAUAAAGUCCUACAUUCGAAUUCCAUCCUUAAAAAUACAUGAGCGGUACACGCAUCUUUUGCAAAUCAGCAGAGCUUCAGACGGUGGGUUCUACGUUGCCGGAAGGGCCCGGAUUCAUAUCGGGGCAAGGACUUUCACUCCAGCAGCAUUUCCCAAACAUUUAUAGGGAGUGCUUAUGCUGUUACAACAACAACCACCGCAGUCUCGUCCGACAUCGUUCGUAUUGGUCGGAUGUUCACAUGUAUAUCCAUCUAGCGUCCUAUGGCUACUUCACUGCAAGCAUGCACGCACGCACGCAUAUUUACAACAAUACCACCGUUUUUUUUUUUUUAAUCCGGCCGGAGUUUAAACCAAUAGUACAGCAACCAGAAAUUCUGCCUUCACCUUGUGGGGAUACUUGUAUCUACGAUGAUGCUGAAUCGAUUAAAUUACAUUCUAAUUCCUGAUAAGCCAUUCUCGUCCAUUUUCAAGACGUAUACUUCGUAUUCUGUCGUUUAUACAUCGUCCGGAUUGUAUAACUGCGUCGAGUCACAAUGCGAGUAAAUUCUUGGAAAGAUUUUGGCUUCACAAGUGGUGGUCAAUUGUGUGCUGAGCUGUGCGUUCUCUUGCAAAGGCAGGGGCUGCGGCGGCGGCGGCAUGUAUUGCUUUGCAGAAAGUAUGAGGACAAACUAUCAAUUUGCUUGCUCAACCAAUCAUCUUUGUUUAUUACUACUGGGAAAUCCUUAAUCCUGACAAUCACUACACGAAAGUAUGGGGCUUUUGUAUGUUUGGUGCUCAUCUUCAUCAUUCCUUAAUCCAUCACUUUGAUUUGGAGAGACAGAGAGAAGGCAAUCCCUGCAACCCUAUAAAUCUUCUAAGUAACUUAUUCUGGGACGUCAGUUCUGUUUCAUUCGCUCCGAGGAAAUCGUCUUUAAUGGGAAGGCAGAAAUUCAAUUAGUAAACUUAAAACAUCGAUAAUCUACAAGCAUUGACCGCGGCGAGGGAUAUAAAGUAUUGACGGCGGCGUGGGAUACUAAGUAUUGACGGCAGCGUGGGAUACCAAAUUUUGACGGCGGCGCGGGAUACCAAGUAUUGACAGCAGCGUGGGAUACCAAGUGUUGACAGCAGCGUGGGAGCUACCAGCAGUUCAUCGUGGGGUUGUCAAUUUUAUUUCUUCGAGGGAUUAGUGUAGACUGCGGCGUGGGAAACUAUGUUGAGACGGCGGCGUGGGAUACCAAGUAUUGACUGCGGCGUGGGAUACCAAGUGUUGACGGCUGCGUGGGAUCCAAAUAUUGACGGCGGCGAGGGAUGCUAAGAGUUGACGGCUGCGUGGGAUACCUUUCUGGGACGGCGGCGUGGGAAGCCUCUUCGAUGGACUUAUCAACAGCUUAUUUUACUGUGUUUGUACUGCCUACUGUUUCGUAUCCCAUUUUUCCCGUUAUCCUUUACGAUGCAAAUUCGUUAUAUAGGGCAAUAUCUGAGUGAAUCGACGCUUUUUUGUUUUACUUAUUGCCCAACAUUUAUCUUGUUAAGAAAGCAGAUAAGGUUGUAGCAGUCUUGUUUUCGAACUAAGUUCCUUUAAAAUCUGCGAUUACUUUUAAAAGUAAGUCACUAAGAUGGGGACCAAUAUAAUAACCACGAAGCAAAUUGUGUAGAAUUUGUAGGCAGGGUUUUCAAACUUGAAUUUGUAUUUUAUUUAAAUAAAUGUAUAAUGUUUUUUGAAAAAAGUA